AUGUGCAUUAUCUAUCUAUCUAUCUAUCUAUCUAUCUAUCUAUCUAUCUAUCUAUCUAUCUAUCUCAGUCUGCACUUAUCUAUCUAUCUUACACAGGCUAUAUAUAUAUAUAUAUAUCUUUCACAAACUAUUUAUAUCUAUCUUUCAAAACCUACUUAUAUCUAUCUAUUAAAAUCUAUAUACUAUAUAUCUUCUCAUCUCUGUCUAUCCAAAUCUAUCUAUCUAUCUAUCUAUCUAUCUAUCUAUCUAUCUUACUGUUUAGGGGCCAGAAAGAAAAACACGGAAGACGAAGGAGGAUUUACAACAACACUUGCACAACCUACUAUCUAUCUAUCUAUCUAUCUAUCUAUCUAUCUAUCUAUCUAUCUCACUCUGCACGUAUCUAUCUAUCUAUCUAUCUCACUCUGCACGUAUCUAUCUAUCUAUCUAUCUUAUACAAGCCACUUAUAUUUAUCUUUCACAAAUUACUUAUAUCCAUUUUCAAACCUACUUAUAUCUAUCUAUUAA